GGGUUUUGGUCUAAAAGAAACUGGAUUUUACUUAAGUGCAUUCAUUCGGUGAUGUUGGAAGGACUGGCUUUAAUUAGUUUAAGGGCAAUGCUGAACAGGAGGACACAGGUGUGACCGGUAACGACAGACUGGUUAGGCCUGAUCAAGUUUGGAAAGAAAAGAAAGAAGGUCGGGCUAAAGACAUAAUGAAAAGUAUUGUCAAGGUUGUGGAUGAUCUCCUGAACAUCGUGGAAGCCGCUGAUGAUUUCGCUCCCCCUCUGCCUUUGAGGGACUACAAGGCGGAAUUAAAGACACUCCAGAUUGAAAUGGAGACAGAGAAAGAAAAAGGGAAAAUGAGGAAUGAGAUGAUCAAGGAGCUGCGUUCUGAUAAAGUCCAUCUGCAACAACAAGUGGCUUAUUUGGAGGAACUCCUAAAGCUGCAGGCAGAGAACAGAGAGAAAACCAUCCAGCAAGCAAAAUCUGAAGAUCAAAUCAAAGAGGAUGAAAAUUGCCCACUGCCCCUCAUGGAUGGAUACCCAGACUGUAAGGGGAAAUUGAAGUGGAUGAAGGAGAUGUGGAAGACUGAUCCUUGUUAUAGCCGUUAUGGGGUGAAUGGGUCUCUGUGCUCCAUCCUCAUCUACCUCAGUGAGAUAGAGUCCUGGUGCCCUGUGCUUCCAAGCCGAGCAGCCCCCUCACCUCAAGCAGAAAACUCUGAGGCGGGUUCUGACCAAGCAGUGAUACGGGACAGCUUAGAUGGCCUGUAUCCAUCUCUGGAAAACAGAGUCCAGUUCCGCUGGAUUCACCAAAGAAUUCGAAGUAUGGGAGAGGUUUGGGUCAAGGCUGGACGCUCUCUCUCAGCCAAAUACAACCUCACAGAGCGGAAAGCCAAACAUAUCUUGGUGCAUCCCGGUGCGGUGACAGAUGAGUCAGGUUUUAGAAUAGCAGAGGCUGCCUUCAGUGGUGGCCCUCUUGGGGAACUAGUCCAGUGGAGUGACCUCAUCUCCACACUUCAAAUCUUAGGUCACCAUCUUCACCUUUCUGCCUCCAUACCUGAUCUCCAGAGUUUUCUAGGGAUUAAGACAAGCGGUUGCCCACCUCAUUCAAAAGUGGAAGUAAACCUGAUCUAUACAGACAUUAUUGGCCUUAAACAGUUUCAAAAUGUACUCAAGACAUCCUGGAUCAAAUACAAAUGUAUGAUUCGUGUGUUGGAUACUUUUGGCACUGAGCCAGACUUCAAUCAUGCAGUUUGGGCUCAAAAACACAAUCUUAGAGGUCCAUUUGGUGGCCUCAAUCUGAUCCCAGCGCAGUUCUACACCAUGUUCCCACAUACACCAGACAACACUUUCCUGGGCUUUGUGGUGCCACACCAGCUGAACGCUAAAGAAAGUGAGCAGACCAAGAGACAAAACCAGGCUCUCGUGUACGGCAAGCGUGCCGAGUUUUGGGAGGGUAAAGAGUCUUAUCUGGACAUUAUCCACAAGUACCUGGACGUCCAUGGGACGGUUGACGUCAGUUCUCGCAUUCCAAACUAUGUGAAAAACCACGGCAUUAUCAGAGGGACUGAGGUGCAGGCCCUGUUGAGACAGAGCAAGGUUUUUGUGGGGUUGUCUUUCCCAUAUGAAGGCCCCGCCCCUCUGGAGGCCAUAGCCAAUGGCUGUGCUUUCCUGAACCCCAGGUUAUUCCCCCCGCAGAGCAGCUUGAACUCACAGUUCUUCAAAGGAAAGCCCAACAUCAGAGAGGUGACAUCGCAGCAUCCUUAUGCUGAGGCCAUAGGAGAACCCUAUGUAUGGACGAUAGAUAUGUACAACAAAACAGAAGUGGAGAAAGCUCUCACUGCUAUACUCAAUCAAAGUAUUGAGCCCUACCUUCCCUAUGAGUUUACCUGUGAAGGAAUGCUCCAGAGGGUCAAUGUCCUGAUUGAAAAACAGGACCUCUGCUCGAGCACAGCGAGCUGGCCCCCACUGAGUGCGCUCCAGGUUGUGCAGGCAGAGGCAGGCACUUCCUGUAAACAGGCAUGCCAGAAGAUGGGGCUGAUCUGUGAACCUGCCUUCUUCCCACAUCUCAACAGCACCAGGAAUCUUGCCAACUACAGUGUAGACUGUCAAACAUCAGAGGUUUCUGACAGUGAUCUGGUUCUCCCAGCCUUCAACAACACCAGUAAACACUGUCUGCUGCAGUCUGAUCCCCUGCUCUUCAGCUGUGUGAGAUCAAACCAGUCCCUGAUUCGAAUCUGUCCCUGCAGAGACUACAUUAAGGACCAAAUAGCCUUAUGCAAGGCAUGUAUCUAACUGCUGUACAUGCAAUGAAAACGUGUGUAUAUCACUCAUGUCACAAACCGGGCCGCACAGCCAUGAAAAAAAGGGGGGGAUGCACACAAACAAGCCAACAAACAAAGGUUUUAUUAAAAAAAAAAAAAAAAAAAACAGACAAUAAAUCUAGAAGAAGAACCUAAACUAACAAUGGCAUGUGUAAUCUGUAGGAUCAGCAGUGUAAGUGAGUGCAUGAGUGAAGCAAUGCAAUGUUGUAUGGUGCAGCAACAGAAACAACACAAACCAAAUGCCAACCUCAAUGAGGAGAGAGAACCAGAACUGAGCUCCAACAUGGUUUUAAAAGCACCAGCACACAGGGCCCAGGUGUGCCAAGUCUGCUGAUGAGCCCAGGUACCGAAAACCUUUUGCCACACCCACCUCUAGUACCUGUAAAGGAAGCAGCCGCACACAGGAAGCACCAUGUACACAGGUGGAGAGGGUUGUCACACUCUGCACAUACUAUAAAGGUCAAUUCUUGGAUCAAAGUACAGCACUACCUCAUGUCAACAUGGCCAUGUGCAGCGGGCUCAGUGGCUCCCAGCAGGAAGUCGACAGGUCUGAUACUUGGCCUUUUCCACGUGGAGUUUGCACAUUAUAGACUUCUGACAUUCUUACUAUACCACAUGAAAGUGAAUGAGUACUUGAAAUAGUGUUAAAAAAAAAUUGCUUCAGGGUGUGUUGUUGAUUUGAUACAGUGACUUUAUUAACAGAUGCAUUUAACACCUGUCAUGGUUGGCAUAUCACCAUGUUAUUAAAGUGUUUCCUUCA